CGCUGCAUAGAGAAGAGCAACAAAGCUAAAAAAACAAAAUUCCGAUAAACACUAGAAACUUAUCUGAUUUGUGAGAUUUUUAAGAGAGAAAAAGAAGAAGAAUCAUGGCUGCUGUUGAAGAAGGACAAGUUGUUGGAUGCCAUACUUUGGAGCAUUGGACUGGCAACCUUGACAAAGGCAAAGAACAGAACAAAUUGGUUGUGAUCGAUUUUACUGCUUCAUGGUGCGGUCCUUGUCGCAUGAUUGCACCUAUCCUAGCUGAAAUCGCCAAGAAGCUGACCAAUGUAUUGUUCCUUAAGGUGGAUGUAGAUGAAUUGCAGGUUGUUGCUCAGGAAUGGAAAGUAGAAGCAAUGCCAACUUUUGUCUUCCUCAAAGGUGGAGUUGAGGUCGAUAGGUUUGCUGGAGCAAACAAAACCAAGUUGGAGGAACUGAUCACAAAGCACUCGUGUUAAGUUUAAGCCAAUUACGAUAGACUUAUUAUACAUGUAUUUGGAGUUUGCCUUUAAAUUGCCAUCCAUGUUUGAGGAUGUGACUUUGCUAUGCAUGAAUCUGUAAGAACAGACGGGGUAUCUGUCUUUCUUUUUAAUAAACUCCAGUUUAUGUUUAAGCCU